CUAAGAAUUCAAAGGAAGCCAGUUAUUUUGAGAUGUGAUUCUAUCCACAGGUUCUUGAGGGGUCUUUGGUCUAGUUAAGAACUCCUGCGCAGUUUCUCCAUAACACAGGCUUCCCUUGCACUCUGCUUCCCUCUCCAAAGAAUAGCUUUUCUGUGUUCAUAUUUCAGCUAAUCUACCUUGCCCAUCUCCUGACUCACCUUGUUCAUGAUUUAUUCUCUCUGAUAUGACCUUAGGCAGGUUACUCUGCGCUUCGGUUUAUUGUUAUUACUGCUGUGCUUGUCUGAGCCAAUACUAGCUUUGCCAGUGACUCACCGUCAAUGCUGGUGACUGGAGCUGCAGUGAAGCGAACUGGGGGGAGCUAUUCAGAGGCCAGGAGUGAAAGAGUGAGUCAGGCCUCUGGGUGGUGUCCUGAGCUUGGCACACAGUAGGGACUCAAUAAAUAAUUGCUGGAUGAAUGAAAGGGACGUUGUGAUGUACAUGAAAGGAUCCACUGUUCCGAGCAUAUUGGCAGCGAAGUUUUGUGCUAAGUUACAGUCGUUCUCAUGUAUUCAUGAAAGCCAGCCUGGGUUAAUGGGCUCGUUUUAAGAUCAGCAUUUUUUCAAGAAUUCCGUUUGCAUACGGCACCUUGGGGAUUAUCACUUAGGUGGUCAAACCGAGACAAGGAAACAGGCCCGCCUGAGGGUCACAAAUGAGGCAACCUCAAGCUGAGUCUCAAUGAAUUAGUUGGGCAAUCGAAGUAAAAAUACUUGGAGGACUGGGUUUCUGGCCCAGGCUCCGUUCCCGUUCCCGCCUGGCCUCGCACCACUCAGAUCCCUGCUAGACUGCCGCCCACUGGGAUUCCCGUCAGUUCUGUCUCCCCAGACUCGGCCCUUCGGUCCUGCGCCAGCCUGCGAGGUGGCGUUAGAAUUCGCCGCUCGGGCUCCCUGGUCAGACUCCGCCCAUGCUGCCUGCCGGGCCCUGGCCCUGCCCCCGUGCCGCCUCCAAAGUCGAGGGCCCGCCCCUCCCUGCCUGGACACGCCCCUUCAGUGCGGGAUCCUCCCAGGCUUCCCUCUUGGGCCCUGGCCCCGCCCCCGGGCUGCUUCCUGGGUGUGGCUUUACCCCCACGUCGCCUCUGGAGCAGAGGCUCCCGGCCUGAGCUCCGCCCCUGGGCCAGGCCCCUCCCUCGCCCCGCCUUGGCUCUGGCCCCGCCCCCAGCCCGCUUUUUGGUCUCUGGCCUUCGACACAGAUUUGCUUCCUGGGUUAUGGAUUUGUCCCCACUCCGCCUCCAUAGGACCUGGCAUCUCCUCGGCCCAGCCUCCUGGGUUCUGGAUCCUCCCCCAUCCCCACCCACGCCUCGACGCAGCUCUCGCCCUACCUCCAGGGGCACUGGUCCCACCCCUCUUGGAUGGCCCAGCCUUUUACGGUCUGACUCCGCCUUCCUUAGCCCUGAUUUUCUUCUCGUUCCGCCUCCUGUGUUCUGAUUCCCCCCAUACCCCUCACUUCGCCUCGGUUCGGGGGGCAUAGGUCCUGCCCCUUGAGGACUAGCUCCCCACUAGAGUCUGACUCCACCCCUCUACAGAUUUCCCUUUCGUCCCGCCCCUCCAGAGUGGGCCCCUCCUCUCGAACUCUAGCUCCUCCCUGCCAUUCCUGAACUCCGCCCCUGCUCCCCAGCAGGGCGACAGUUCCGCCCCCUGGACCGGAGCAGUGGGUGCUGUGAGCAUAAAACACUGGAAGCGGCGCUGUCCCGGACCCGGCUCUGCGCAGGCAGGGGCACGGGCUGGGGAGCGCCAUGCAGUGCCUGGGGAUCCGGAGCCGGAGCCGGAGCCGCUCCAGGGAGCUCUACCUGCAGGAGCAGAGCCUCAAGGUGGCGGUGCUCAAUGGACAGAGGCUGGGCCUGCAGGAUGACAAGGAUCUGCAGGCCCUGCUGAAGGGCAGCCAGCUGCUGAAGGUGAAGUCCAGCUCAUGGCGGAGAGAGCGCUUCUACAAGUUGCAGGAGGACUGCAAAACCAUCUGGCAGGAGUCCCGCAAGGUCAUGCGGACCCCAGAGUCCCAGCUGUUCUCCAUCGAGGACAUUCAGGAGGUGCGAAUGGGGCACCGCACAGAGGGUCUGGAGAAGUUCGCCCGUGACGUGCCCGAGGACCGCUGCUUCUCCAUCGUCUUCAAGGACCAGCGCAAUACGCUAGACCUCAUCGCCCCGUCACCAGCGGACGCCCAGCACUGGGUGCUGGGGCUGCGCAAGAUCAUCCACCACUCGGGCUCCAUGGACCAGCGGCAGAAGCUUCAGCAUUGGAUUCACUCCUGCUUGCGAAAAGCUGACAAAAACAAGGACAACAAGAUGAGCUUCAAGGAGCUGCAGAACUUCCUGAAGGAGCUCAACAUCCAGGUGGACGACAGCUAUGCCCGGAAGAUCUUCAUGGAGUGUGACCGCUCCCAGACAGACUCCCUGGAGGACGAGGAGAUCGAGGCCUUCUACAAGAUGCUGACCCAGCGGGCGGAGAUCGACUGCACUUUCGCAGAGGCCUCGGGCUCAGGGGAGACUCUGUCGGUGGAUCAGUUAGUGGCGUUCCUGAGGCACCAGCAGCGGGAGGAGGCGGCGGGGCCGGAGCUGGCUCUCUCCCUCAUUGAGCGCUAUGAGCCCAGCAAGACUGCCAAGGCCCAGCGGCAGAUGACCAAGGACGGCUUCCUCAUGUACCUACUAUCAGCCGACGGCAGCGCCUUCAGCCUGGCACACCGCCAUGUCUACCAGGACAUGGGCCAGCCGCUCAGCCACUACCUGGUGUCCUCUUCGCACAACACCUACCUGCUAGAGGACCAGCUCACCGGGCCCAGCAGCACUGAGGCCUACAUCCGGGCACUGUGCAAAGGCUGCCGCUGCCUGGAACUGGACUGCUGGGACGGGCCCAACCAGGAGCCCAUCAUCUACCACGGCUACACUUUCACUUCCAAGAUCCUCUUCUGCGACGUGCUCAGGGCCAUCCGGGACUACGCCUUCAAGGCGUCCCCCUACCCCGUCAUCCUGUCCCUGGAGAACCACUGCACCCUGGAGCAGCAGCGCGUGAUGGCCCGGCACCUGCACGGCAUCCUGGGCCCCAUGCUGCUGAACCGACCGCUGGAUGGGGUCACCAACAGCCUGCCCUCCCCCGAGCAACUGAAGGGGAAGAUCCUGCUGAAGGGGAAGAAGCUGGGGGGCCUCCUGCCCCCUGGUGGGGAGGGUGGCCCUGAGGCCCCUGUGGUGUCAGACGAAGAUGAGGCUGCCGAGAUGGAGGAUGAGGCAGUGAGGAGCCGCGUGCAGCACAAGCCCAAGGAGGACAAGCUCAGGCUAGCGCAGGAGCUCUCUGACAUGGUCAUUUACUGCAAGAGCGUCCACUUUGGGAGCUUCUCCAGUCCUGGCACCCCUGGGCAGGCCUUCUACGAGAUGGCAUCCUUCUCUGAGAACCGUGCCCUUCGACUGCUCCAAGAAUCAGGAAACAGCUUCGUCCGCCACAACGUGGGGCACCUGAGCAGAAUCUACCCGGCCGGAUGGAGGACAGACUCCUCCAACUACAGUCCCGUGGACAUGUGGAACGGGGGCUGCCAAAUCGUGGCCCUGAACUUCCAGACACCUGGGCCGGAGAUGGAUGUGUACCAGGGCCGUUUCCAGGACAACGGGGCCUGUGGGUACGUGCUGAAGCCCGCCUUUCUGCGAGACCCCAACACCACCUUCAACCCCCGCGCCCUGGCUCAGGGGCCCUGGUGGGCUCGGAAGCGGCUCAACAUCAGGGUCAUCUCGGGGCAGCAACUGCCAAAAGUCAACAAGAAUAAGAAUUCAAUCGUGGACCCCAAGGUGACGGUGGAGAUCCACGGCGUGAGCCGGGACGUGGCCAGCCGCCAGACGGCUGUCAUCACCAACAAUGGUUUCAACCCAUGGUGGGACACGGAGUUUGCAUUUGAGGUAGUUGUGCCUGACCUUGCCCUCGUCCGCUUCGUAGUGGAGGAUUACGACGCCUCCUCCAAGAACGACUUCAUUGGCCAGAGUACCAUCCCCUUGAACAGCCUCAAGCAAGGUUACCGCCAUGUCCACCUCUUGUCUAAGAAUGGGGACCAGCAUCCAUCAGCUACCCUCUUUGUGAAGAUCUCCCUCCAGGACUAGACUGGGGGAAGCCACUGGGGUCCACACGAGGGCCAGGGCUGGCUGUUCCCAGCCUCUUGCUCAGAGCUAGGCCCCCAAACUGCCUUCAGCUCUAACGUAGUGUCUGCUGCUGCCUCCUUGGGGACUGGAGCUGUCCUUCAUUCCGUUAGGGACAACAUUGCAGCCUUCCCACCCUCCGGCUGGCUCAUGGUCCAGGGUUUUUAUAAAAAUCACGAUGAGAUUAAG